CCCUGAAGCGCAGUCACACACUUCCUCGUCGCUGUGUUGACAAACAAAUCACAUUUCAUUAGUUUUGUUUCAAACGAGGCUUUGUUUGAAAUCUUAAUUUAGUAGCUUUUCUGUUUUUAAUUUACACGAUGACAAAUGUAUGAUUCCGCUGGUAAGGGCACUGAUGGAUUAUAUAAUAUGGUUUACCACCACAGUCAUCACAAAUGUAAUUUUGUCUGUCUCAGCCUUGCAUGCUGCUCAUCAGCUCUUCAAGGACCACAGAGCUUCCGCACUGGGCUUUCUCUUGAUCGGCUGCUCCUCUCUAAUUUCAGUCUUUUCUCCCAGUAACCAAUCAGUCAUAUCACUCCUGAAGGAUCUAGAAUGGGCAGGUGAAACACUUGGACCAGCACUCUCUACCUUUGAAUUCUUGUGGCUUAGUGAGGACCACUUCACUGCCCAUGUCCUCCUGAUUGGCUCCUCCUCUCUCCUAAUACUCUCUGAUUGGCUAUCACAAGAUGGGUUGAUGAUCAUGUCAUGCUGCCUGGCCUUUUCCUCCCUUUCCUGUUCACUGACAGUGUGUGCAUUUGCUGAAAAUGCAGUAGGGGCAGUAGGAAGUGUCGCACUCAGUCUCCCUUUAUUAGUGUCCCCAAGGAGCAGAUCUAAAUCCCCUGAGGUUACAAAAGGACUUCUCAGCUGGAUCCUUAAAAUCAUCAUGGCAUUAGGAUGCUGGACCACUAGGAAGGCCCUUAAUAAAUACCUGCUUGAUUUAAAAGGUUGGGACUGAACCAUGUCAUCUUUCAUAGUGGGAUUUAACAUACUUGAAAACAAUGUGUUUCUGAAGACAACGGAGAACCACAAAGUGCUACUUCUUUACUCUCAGGUGUUUAGCAGUAUAGAUUAUGCACUAUGUGUACUUCUGUAGUUAAAUGCCUGCUAUUUGCUCUUUAGAGCUAAUAUCAUGGUAAACUUACAUUAUGGUUUAUAAUAUGCCUACUCAAACCUGAGGUUGUUAGCAUCUGUAAUAAUAUGAUUAUAGAGUUUUGUUAUGACAUAUUAAAUCCAGUGCAGUUAACUUGAGGCCUUGUAAAAUGCCUGUGCAUUGAAUAAUUGUUUUAGCAUCACUAAAAAUGUCAUCCUUUGUAAAGAGAGAAUGGGACUCUGUCUAAACAGACAAAGUAUUCUCAGUUCUGCAGGGCACCAUUCAGCUGUGAAAACAAUGAAGCACAUUGAAAGGACUCAUCAAUGAUCAGUACACUGUAACAAUUUAUUUGUGUCCAUUAUUUGAGUUUUUAUCUAAACUAGCAGGUUUAAUGAAUAUACAAACUACCAUUGGCUUUAGACUCGCAGUCCCCUGGACUGUUUGAAAACAUGUCAAAUAACUACUUAAUUCUUCUUAAAAUGUUUUGGGGACUGUAGCUAAUGCCUAAUGUGUCCUUAGACAUUUCUUUUAACAACAUCAAGAUGUAAGGUAUAAAUUCAUGUGAAUGUAUAAGGGAAAGUGUUUAUCUUAGGUCCUGUGACCAUUUAUUUUGUUUUUCAUAAAUUUUUAUUGGUCUUUUGGCUUUACUACUUUAUUUUAAAUGUUCCUGCAGUGUGAUAGAUUAUUUUUUACAAUUAAAAUGUUUUAUGCAGUCUCUCAAUUAAUAUGAUGACAUAAAAGCUCAAUGCAUAAUAAUUAUUACAAAUUUGCUAAAUGCUCAUUUCAAAUGUUUUAGAUGGAGCAUAGCAUGUCACACUGGAGGACAUGCCAACUUCCUAAAAGUAUUUCAUAUCAACUACCCUUUUACAAACCAUGAAAUAUAUAUAUACAGUAUGUAUAUAUAUAUAUAUAUAUAUAU